AAUCUUAUCUUACAAACCCACCUUGUUUUAUUUUAAUUAUAAUGAGGAACAUCACAAACCAACGAAUUUAAUGAUAUUACAUAUAUUUAUUGAUAACGUUGAUACCUUUGAAAGUAUGUUGAAAAAGGUAAAUAAUCCAGAUGUCUGUUCAUUAAAAAGAUAUAUAUAUGAAUGUAUAGGGAUAUAUAAAGAUAUGAAUUGGGAGUACUGCUCUGGAAGAAAUUAUACGGAAGAUGAAAACCGAAAAUCAUGUGCUAUAAUAAAUAAGUUUAAUGAGUUGUAUACGUCAUUUAUUUCUAAUGAAGGAGUAAUAACUCAUGAUUUUCCAACGUUGUCUUCUAGUACUUCUUUAUUUGUUCUUCCUGGUUGUCCAUUAGAAGGGAACUAUUAUGAUUCAUUAUUCGAUGAAACACAAGUAGGUACUCCUAUAACACAGGGUGUAUCCGGAGCUUUUGGUGCAAUGGCAGGAAUAUCAUCAAUUUUAGCGUUAUUAUAUAAGGUUUUUAUAAUCUACAUUCAAAUAUAUGAACAAUAUUUAAUCAUAUG